CUGAGCCUCAAUAUGUUGCCUUUACUUUUAUCUUUUAUUUAUUAUUUAUCUAUAGGCUAUAUUAUAAGUUAAGAAAACGUUUCUAACAGUGCGCUACAAGUUUUCAAAGUUUUUCCUUUGGAAAAAUGCCACGUUUUGACCGUUUAAUUAGAUUUUCUGUGCUCACAUCUCAGACUCUUUGCUGGCAAGUCUAAAUUCUGCCAAAAACCCAAGCAAAAUGCGCCAUCUGAAUGACAGUGGCUUUGUGGAUGCGGAGGAUGUGCCAAGAGAUGAGAGUCUGGCCAAGGUGGAGAUUGCGCUGCUAAGUGCCAUCUUCGUAAGCGCCGCUAUCCUCAACACCGCCUUGUUGCUCGUCCUCUGGAGACAGCGCAAGCAAAUGUCCAGAAUGAGAGUCUUUGUCUUCCACCUGUGCCUGGCUGACUUGGUGGUAGCCUUUUUUCAGGUGUGUCCGCAGCUCAUGUGGGAUAUCACAGACAGGUUUGUUGGACCAGACUUGGUGUGUCGCAUUGUGAAGUACCUGCAAGUUCUCGGCAUGUUUUCAUCGACUUAUAUGAUUGUGGUGAUGACAGUCGACAGAUACCAAGCUGUGUGUAAUCCGAUGGUAACGUUUCAGCGAACACGCACAAGACUGAACAUCCCUGUGUGCAUCGCUUGGGGGGUUUCUCUGCUGGGCAGCCUGCCACAGGUUUUCAUAUUCUCUCAAGUAGAAGUUGCACCCGGUGUGUUUGACUGCUGGGCUGAAUUCAUUCAGCCCUGGGGGCUGCAGACUUACAUCACCUGGACAACGCUGGUCAUUUUCAUUUUGCCUGUUACUGCAGUUGUUGUUUGUCAAGUACGCAUCUGCCGAGCCAUUCAGAUAAACCUUUACCAAAAGACUCAUAAGCAAGGAGACGUAAAUGUCCCUGUGCCAUCCAGAGCCAGCGGAGUGGCUGGCAUGUCCAAGGCCAGGGUGAAGACGCUGAAGAUGACGGUGGUCAUUGUGAUAGCUUAUGUUGUCUGCUGGGCUCCAUUCUUUACAGUCCAGCUGUGGUGCGCCUGGGAUACACAUGCGCCAAAAGAGACUGCAACUUUCACCAUCCUGAUGUUGCUGGCUAGCCUGAACAGCUGCGCGAACCCCUGCAUUUAUCUUCUGUUCAGCAGUCAGCUUCCAAAGAAACUGACGCUCCUUUGCUGGCGGCAUUCUGACUGUAAAGAUUCAAUGCACGAAGAGGCGACGCUGGUCAGCACGUUAUAUGUGAGCUUCAAAAAUGUCUCUGAGCCCAAAUAAGGGUAACACCAUGCUUGAAAGCAGAAAACCCAAGGCAAAGCUGUGGUCUGCACUCCAAUAAGAGCUGAUUUGAGCUUUCUUUGCGUUUGGCAGAGAGGCUACGUGGGGUCUUUGACAUUUGAAUUUAUCUAAUGUCAUUUCAAUUUCCAUACAUAUAUCAAGACACGAGUUGGACACGAGUGAGAACAGGACUCCAGAUGCUCAAAGCUGAUUUGGGAGGAAAUUGUUUUUGUUAAGCUGCAUAUUUUGGGAAAGAACCAGUUAAAGGCUAUUGACAACUGUUAUCACAAACUGUUUGGACUACAUUAAGCAAUUUUCAUAUGAAAAAAAAAGAAAGAAAAUGUUCCUCACGUCAAACUGGAUUUUGAUAAGAUUUUAGGAGAACAUAUGUAUUUUCAGGGAGAGAGACAUAAGUGACUGAUUUCAUAUGCAAAAUUGAAAAAAAGAAAAUAAAGUAAAGAACAAGAAGAAAUUCCACUAAUUAUAUUACAACAAAUAAUACCAUAGUCUCAGGAGUUGAUGUCAGAGACAUAAGGUAUAUAUUAAAUGUUGUAUCUGGAGACUUUUCCAAAGAAAAGGCUGUUCCAAAAGAAAGAGCAAGAACAGUCUUUCCAUGAAUGCAGCAUAGAAAUAAUCACUGAAAAAAUACCUAAAAUGUGAACAUGUUCCUGCCUCUGAAAAUUGUAUUGUAACAUGUUUAUGUGAACCAGUUGUGUAAAUGUUCCCUGUGGUGAAUAACUGUUUUGACUGACUCAACUGAACAAGCAUAUAAUAAAAUCAU